AGUGUCGCCAGUCAGUGUCGCCUAUCAGUGCCAGUCAGUGCCGCCUAUCAGUGUGCAUCAGUGCCGCCCAACAGUGCCCGUCAGUGCUGCCCAACAGUGCCCGUCAGUGCUGCCCAACAGUGCCCGUCAGUGCUGCCCAACAGUGCCCGUCAGUGCUGCCCAACAGUGCCCUGCCCAUCAGUGAUGCCUGUCAGUGCCACCUAUCAGUGUCCAUCAGUACAGCCUAUCAGUGCCCAUCAGUGCAGCCUCAUUAGCGCACAUCAGUAAAGGAGAAAAAUCACUUAUUUACAAAAUUU